UCCCUGAGGGAGAGACGAGCAGAGUGUGUGAUGAGACAAUAAAAGAGUUAAAGACGUUUAAACGAGGACGAUCAUUCAAAACAUGAAGUGCAGAGAAAACUUAAAGAAGGGAUUUAUCUUUAGAGCAGGAUUCCACUUCCACCAGUCCUCACUCACACACACACACACACACACACACAGCAGCUGGGUGUGUGUGUGUGUGGUGUGUUGGUAUGACUGAGUGUGAGAUAAGACAUCACUUCUAAGAAUUGACACCCUGAGAUGAUUCAAACUCGGCUUCCUGUGACACGUUUGUUUUAAAUUUGAAGUCUGAGUCAUGAUUUAAAUUCAGUUCUUUGUGUUUCCUCUUCAGUGAGACGAAGCGCUGAAAUAAAAAGUCAGUUUUAAAGUUGAGGAGAAGAAGAAGAUCAUCUCUCUCUCCCGCCUGUUUAAACCUGAGCAACACCAUUCAAAUCUAAGAACACAAUAUUGUUUUUGUUAUCAGAAGUUACGAGUGUCACCGGCACGCUGCACAAAAACAUCUGCGUAUGUCAGUGCAGCUCUGACAGUGUGCAGGUGAUUCACUCGUCUCCUCUGCACCUGUCCUACCAAACACAUCAAGUUCCUUUAAAAAGGUUUGAUGCUUUACGACUUUCAAAUAAACAAAGAGCUCAUAGCAAAGAAUCAGAAUGUUUGAAAAGCUGACAGCGAAUGAAAGAAGGUCUCACCUGAAACAUCAUCGACUCCGACUGACUGAUAGAGAGUGUGUGUGUGUGUGUGUGUGUGUGUGUGUGUGUGUGUGUGUGUCUGUGUGUGUCUGUGUGUUGUCAGGAUGUGGUCACAUGUUCUUCUUCCUCUCUCUGGUCGCCUCUUCAGACUCUCUGCUUCUUCCUCACUGUGACGAUGAUUUCAGCGAUCGAUGAGAGAAGAACUCAAACAAAGAAACAUGAAAUAAAACAAACAAACAAAAUGAAAUCUGAAGUAAAUCCAGUUUUUAUAAACUUUAAGUAGAAUACUGUGAAAUACUUUAUUGACCUCCAGGGGGACAUUUGUUGUCACAGCUUUGCACAUUUGAUUCUCAGGUUUACAUAUAUGAUAACGUAGCACAGGAAGAAACACAGACGAUGAAAGAGGCCAGUCAGCCUGGAAGCCGAGACAACAAAGCUCUUUUUUAAUAAAGUUUUAAUUGAUUGAUUUCAUGUGUAGUCUUUUUUUUUAUAUCAUAUUUGCAUUUUGUGUUUUAUUUUCUUAAAAUCGAUCAUUCCUGGAAUUAUUUUAAAUUUUUAAUUAAAUCGUUAAAUACAUUUUAUAAAAGUCUAUUAAUUUAUUAUUCACAGCGGAACCUUUGAAGAGUAGCGGUAUCUUUACAGAGACGGACCGAGGUCAGAGCCAAAAGUCAAGUUACACAAAAUGAAACCGGAAGUAAGAACGAUAAACGCGAAUAACCCUUAAAAAAAGUUUUUUAAAGCCAUUUUCCUUGAAGGUGAAACUGAACUAAAUGUAAAGAGCUAAUAAUAAACUAACGAUUAUUUAUUGCGUUGAUGUUAAUCUAAAUUAAUCACAAUUAUUACAGAAAUCUGAACUUUUAACUUUGCUUUUAUAUUUUCAAACUCGUAUUUGGGUAAUUUUUAUUUAAUUUGUCAAAUAUUUGUUAUUAUCUUUAUGUCUUAAACACUGAAAGCCUAAAAUAUUUUAUUUACAUUUCAGUCUGGAAUCUGAACUUUGCGUGAAAAAGAAGCUGUGUAUUAUUUUGAAAGGACAAAGCGGAAGUUGUCUGUCAUAAUAUUUGUAUCCGGUCCGCUCGCGCUCUCUCGUUCGUUCAGGUCAGCACGAGACUAAAGAUGUGUAUUUUAUAAAUUGAUAUUAAAGAUCAGACUGUUGAUCAGCUGAUUUAAUUUAAAUUAAAGAAUCUAAAUAAAGUUUUUUAUUUAUUUAAUCUUCGACAGCGGAAGUCACGGCGGAGUUCAUGCUAAUGCUAAAGCUAACAAACACAGUUAGCUCUCUUUUUUCAAAACUUCUCUGGAUGUUGUUCUCAGGUUUGUCCAACAUGUGGCGGUGACGGCGCCGACUGUAGGAGACGUCAUGUUGUCUCACAUCAGAAGGACUUUGUCUCUUGUGAGAGGCUGCUCGGGUGUUUGCAGGAUUCAAACCAGCACAAAUCCAGCUCGGAGCUCCUCCUCCUUCAGUGACCUCACUACGGCGUCUGACAGUGGCGGGCUGGUCCUUCGCUCUCAGUCUACAGACGUGUACCUGAAUCUGGCCCUGGAGGACUGGAUCGACGCUAACCUGGACCUGCAGCAGCGUAGCGUCCUGCUGCUGUGGGGGAACCAGCCUGCCGUGGUCAUUGGACGCCACCAGAACCCGUGGACCGAGUGCAACCUGCCAGCAAUGAGGAAGGCGGGGAUCCCCCUGGCUCGCAGGCGGAGCGGCGGUGGGACGGUUUACCACGACCUCGGGAACCUCAACCUGACGUUCUUCACCUCCAAAAAGGCGUACGACCGUCAGAGGAACCUGAAGGUCGUCACAGACGCUCUGAGGAGGAUCAGACCGGAACUCGACGUCAAGGCCACCGAGAGAUUUGACAUCUUACUCAACGGACACCUGAAGAUCUCAGGAAGUGCGUCCAGACUGAGCAGGAAGUCGUCUUACCAUCACUGCACCCUGCUGCACUCUGCUGACCGCUCCACCCUCUCUGCCUCGCUCCGCCCAUCUUGUCCCGGUAUCCUUAGCAACGCCACGCCCAGCGUCCCCUCACCUGUCGCCAACCUGGUUGACCACGCCCCCACGCUGCAGUGGGAGGAGCUGCUGGACGCACUGGAGCACCAGUACAACACAGAGUUCGGCUUCAGCGCUGCAUCAACGCUUGUUAACCCCGCUGACGAGGCUGCGUUUCCUGGUCUCAGCCGGAUGGAGGCGGAGCUUCGAUCCUGGGACUGGACUUUCAGUAAGACGCCGAAAUUCAGCAUCCAGACCGUCCUGGACCUGACGGAUGCUCGAUCUGCUCGCAGCUCCGCCCAGCUGAACAUGGAGAUAAAGAGCGGCUUGAUUGAGAGCUGCCAGCUGGACGUUCCCA